UGUCGGUUCCUUAGUAUUAACUACUCCAUUGUGAAACGAUCAGCAAAAAGAUAGCAACAUGCGUGGAAAACUGAAAGUAACUGCAACCAUGAUGGGAGGGGCAGUUACAUCCUUAUAACUAGGGUUUUGAUCCCCUUUCUCGGAUAUAUAUGGAUCUCUUAAUGCUAAUGUUGGAUCUAUCGAAAACAAGGAGUUCCAAUCCGUUUCCAAGAGAAAGGAAGAUCUCAGCCACGUCUCUAUCACCAUGGCUACAUCCUCAAAUUUCAAUAUGUUGAGUAUGAUCAACAUUGAGAAAUCGAAUGGAACAAACUUUAAAGCUUGGAAACAAAACGUUGAAAUGCAUUUGGAAAUGCUUGAGUUCGACAUUGCCUUUAAGUUGCCUCAGCCAUCCACACUUACCGAUGAUAGUAUUGCACUGCAAAGGGAUAGCUUUGCUAAAUGGACAAGGGCAAAUCAAAUGUCCUUGCUCAUUAUGCAAAAUGCUAUGGAAGAUCACAUAAGAGGAGGGAUUUCAGUAUGUGAUUUAGCAAAAGAUUUCAUGGCCCGGAUUGAAGAAAAAUACAAAAGAUCAGACAAAGCUGAAACUGGUGUAUAUCUUUCUGAGUUGAUCAAUACCAGGCAUGACGGUGUUGGUAGUGUGAGGGAGCAUUUACUUAAACUUGUUAAUCUCUCCAACAAGCUUAAUGCCAUGGAUAUUGGCAUUACUGACCAAUUUUUGGUUCAUUUGGCAUUGUACUCACUGUCAACUGAUUAUGAACAGAUCAAAAUUAGCUACAACACUCAGAAGGAAUCAUGGACAGUUAACAAGUUCAUUGCCAUUUGCUGUCAAGAAGAAGAAAGACUGAAGAAGAUCAAAAAUGAAGCAGUCAAUCUCGUUCAUUUGAAGGGUAAAGGAAAGAUGGUCUCAAACUACAAGAACGACUACAAGAAUCCCAAUUACAAAGGGACCAAACCGACUACACAGAAACCAGGUUCUAUCUUUCCUAAGAAACCCUUCAAAACUUCCAGUGUUUCUGUCAAAAAUGACGGUCUUUCCCAUGCUGGUCUCAAACCUCAUAAAUUUCAUUUCAAGAAAUGCCAUCACUGUCAUUCCACUGAACACUUAAGGAAGGAUUGUCCUGCAUUUAAAGAAUGGCUCAUAAGGAAAGGGAUUUCAAAACCUGAGGGAGACAAAUAGGAACAUCUACAAUGUUUAUGUUGGAAAUGGGAGUAAAGUGGUUGUUGAAUCUGUUGGCACAGUCAUGUUAAAGUUGUCUACUGGUUAUGUUUUGGUUUUAAAUAAUGUAUUAUAUGUACCUUCGAUGAGAAGGAAUCUAUUUACAGCAACUCAAUUUGUAAAAGAUGGUUUUUUUUUAUAUUGGAGACAAGGACCAAAUUCAAUUUUUCAUUCA